AUGGGGAGAGGGUUGCACCCUCCUCCUCUGCCAAUCUCCGAUGUCGAUCCCCUCCUCGCGCCUCCGCUCGAUUUCGACGAAUUCCCUAAUCCUCUCUUCUUCCCUUCCGGGACAGAUUCCUGGAAGUUAUUGAAGGUAAAUUCGACGGCGAGGACCCUAGAUGAACUAUUGUUUCUAUGGAGGAGGAAGAUGAAGAUUUUCAGAGAGGCUAGGGUUGGGGAACUUCCAUUGAACGAGUGGAGCUCUGGUUAUGAUAUAUCAUCACCAAUCGAGAUACGAAGCUAG